UGCUCUUUGCUCGCUGUGAGGCCUCUGGAUUAGGAACUGUUUUUCAAAUGAAAGUGCAUCUGCUGAAUGGAAUUCUCGUACUUUGCUGUCAUUUUGAUGUUUUCAUCCGGUCUUCAUCACUUCUACCAGGCACUUCCUGCAAGAAUGGGGGCAGGCGCUCUCGCCAUCUGUCAAAGUAAAGCAGCGGUUCGGCUGAAAGAAGACAUGAAAAAGAUAGUGGCGGUGCCACUGCAGGAGCAGAGGAGUUCCACAUAUAAAAAGUUAUUUGGAGUCAGUCUCCAAGACCUUCAGCGGCAGGGGCUCACUGAGAACGGCAUUCCGGCGGUAGUGGGGAGUAUAGUGGAGUACUUGACAAAACACGGACUCACCCAGGAAGGCCUUUUUAGGGUGAAUGGCAACGUAAAGCUGGUGGAGCAGCUGCGACGGAAGUUUGAGAGCGGGGCCCCUGUGGAGCUCGGGAGAGACGGGGACAUCUGCUCAGCAGCCAGUCUGUUGAAGCUCUUCCUGAGGGAGCUGCCGGAGAGCCUGGUCACCUCGGCACUGCACCCCCGGUUCGUCCAGCUCUUCCAAGAUGACAGAAAUGAUGCUCAGGAGAGUAGCCUAAGAGACUUAAUAAAAGAGCUGCCAGACACCCACUACUGCCUCCUCAAGUACCUUUGCCAGUUCUUGACAGAAGUAGCCAAGCACCAUGUGCAGAAUCGCAUGAAUGUUCACAAUCUCGCCACUGUAUUUGGGCCAAAUUUCUUUCAUGUACCACCUGGGCUUGAAGGCAUGAAAGAACAAGACAUCUGCAACAAGAUAAUGGCUAAAUUACUAGAAAAUUACAAUACCCUGUUUGAAGUAGAGUAUACAGGAAAUGAUAACCAGAGAUGUGAAAACAUGGCAAGGAUUAUCAUAGUAAAAGAAGCCAGUUGUAAGAACCCCUUACCCAUCCUUCUUACAAAAGACUUAGACAUGCAAAAACCAUCUCUAAAAACCAGGAUUCCAAAAUCCAAGAGUGAGGGAUGUAUUCAGUCCCACAGAGUACCACAACCAGAGCUAUGUGAUGGCGUUCCUCAGGUCAGCCUGCGGCUUAGUCGUAGAAAACACUACUGGAAUGAAAUGAAUUCAACAGAAGAUGCUAGUGGUGCAAAGUUGGUAUCCAGUUCGCAGGAAGAUGAAAGACCUAUGUCACCUUUCUAUUUGAGUGCUCAUGUAUCCCAAGUCAGCAAUGUUUCGACGACUGGAGAACUCUUAGAAAGAACCAUCCGGUCAGCAGUAGAACAGCAUCUUUUUGAUGUCAAUGGCUCUGGAGGCCAAAGUUCAGAGGACUCGGAAUCUGGAACUUCAUCAGCACCUUCUGCCACAUCUGCCAGACAGCGCCGCCGCCAGUCCAGAGAGCAGGAUGAAGUUCGACGCAGCAGAGAUGUGGGCCUUAUCGACAAAGAAAAUAUUCCUUCUGGGUUCAGCAGCCUUGAAGAUUGUAUUUUGAAUUCUCAGGAAGUGGAGAAGUUACAUGAAAAUACUUCCAGUUGUAUUGGAGAAAGGGGCAAACCUAAACAUCAGAAAUCCAGUUCCAAACUCUCUGAGCUCAAUGAAAAUCAGGAUGGUCUUGUGAAUAUGGAAAGCCUCAGCCUCACACCGUCUCAGGAGAGGGCUGGACCUGAUGAUGUUGAAACAAUAUCUGAUGAGAGCAAAGAAAAUGAAAAAGACAGCAGACAUAUCCAGCAUUCUGAGAACUCCACAAUGAAGAUUCAGGAGCACCCCGGCAUACCCGACACCAAACUGCAGAGGACCCAAGAUGCCGAGGAGCAGCAGGAGAGCUUUGUCUCCGAAGUGCCUGAGCUGGACCUGACCGCAUUGUGUGACGAGAAGAGCUGGGAAGAGCCCGUUCCUACCUUCUCAUGGCAGCAGGAGAACGUGGACUCGGACGAAGCUCGCCUCUCCCCACAGGCUGGGCGCCUGAUUCGUCAGCUUCUGGAUGAGGACAGUGACCCCAUGCUCUCUCCUCGGUUCUAUGCUUAUGGGCAGAGUCGGCAAUACCUGGAUGACACGGAAGUGCCUCCGUCUCCCCCAAAUUCCCAUUCUUUCAUGAGGCGUCGGAGCUCCUCUCUCGGGUCCUACGAUGAUGAGCAGGAGGACUUGACACCUGCCCAGCUCACGCGACGGAUUCAGAACCUUAAAAAGAAGAUCCAGAAGUUUGAAGAUCGAUUUGAAGAAGAGAGGAAGUACAGACCUUCCCACAGUGACAAGGCAGCCAAUCCAGAGGUUCUAAAAUGGACAAAUGACCUUGCCAAAUUCCGGAAACAACUUAAAGAGUCAAAACUAAAGAUAUCUGAAGAGGACCUAACCCCCAGGAUGCGGCAGCGAAGCAACACGCUCCCCAAGAGUUUUGGUUCCCAGCUUGAGAAAGAAGAUGAGAAGAAGCAAGAGCUCAUGGAUAAAGCGAUAAAGCCCAGCGUUGAAGCCACGCUGGAAUCCAUCCAGAGGAAGCUCCAGGAGAAGCGGGCAGAAACCAGCCGUCCUGAGGACAUUAAGGAUAUGACCAAAGACCAGAUUGCUAAUGAGAAGGUGGCUCUGCAGAAAGCCCUGCUAUAUUAUGAAAGCAUUCAUGGGCGGCCGGUAACCAAGAAUGAACGUCAGGUCAUGAAGCCGCUGUAUGACAGAUACCGGCUGGUCAAACAGAUCCUGUCCCGAGCCAACACCAUACCCAUCAUUGGAUCCCCCUCCAGCAAGCGGAGAAGCCCUUUGCUGCAGCCAAUUAUUGAGGGUGAAACCGCUUCCUUCUUCAAGGAGAUAAAGGAAGAAGACGAGGGCUCAGAAGAUGACAGCAACACAAAGCCAGACUUCACAGUCACUCUGAAAACCGAUUUCAGUGCACGCUGCUUCCUGGACCAAUUUGAAGAUGAGGCUGAUGGGUUUAUUUCCCCGAUGGAUGACAAAAUACCAUCCAAAUGCAGCCAGGACACCGGGCUUUCAAACCUCCAUGCUGCGUCAAUUCCAGAACUCUUGGAGCAUCUUCAGGAAAUGAGAGAACAAAAGAAAAGGAUUCGAAAGAAACUUCGCGAUUUUGAAGACAAUUUUUUCAGACAAAAUGGAAGAAGUGUCCAGAAGGAAGACCGCACUCCUAUGGCUGAAGAAUACAAUGAAUAUAAGCACAUAAAGGCAAAAUUAAGGCUUUUGGAGGUGCUCAUCAGCAAGAGAGACACUGAUUCCAAGUCCAUGUGAGGGGCGCAGCCCCGGCCCGAGCUGGGGGGGUGGGGCUGACGGACCGGCUGGACUUGCCCCUCCUGGUAAAUAGCCACUCUGCGAACCCGGCGGGCAGCGUGGGGGCGGGGCCUGCGAAGCGCCGCCCUCCUGCCUCGGCCUUCGGGGUCAGCGCCAGUGUCCCUUGCCUGCCUUAGAAGCUGCCCGCAAGGAGACGGCAACUUGCUUUGACUUAAGUCUUCUGGAAAGAACCGUCAAGAUCCCGCAGGCGCACAUGGACACUGCAGGGGAGGCUUUCCCACCGCCGGCCAUGCCGAGUCACUACAUUGAGACACACUCAUCUACCGAGAAUAUACACACUGUCCUCCCCCAGAUAACUGAGAAAUAGGAGACCAUUCUCGGUCUAACUGUGAUGAAAACAAGCUCAGGACUUCCCUUUGGAGAACGAACUCGAGAUGCAGAUCCAUGCUGUCUUUGCACCCAGUAAAGUGGGAACACGCGCUGGAGCCCUACUUGCUGCCUCGGCCAUGCUCGUGACCUUUCCGCAGAGCUGCGUCCUUCCUCGCCCGUGUGAAUUGUGCGCCCUUCAGUUCUCAGGAAGAUGGAAGCCGCACUUGCCCAAAAUGGCAGUGCAGUCAGUCGUCUGUUUGAUGGUGUGUUUCUUCAAGACUUUCUCAGCUGGCAACACGUGUUGAUUCCUGACUAGGACUGGAUCAUCUGCAGAGGAUGGAGGGAAUAUUAUAUUAAUGUUGAGUUUUAAUUCAGGCAACAGGGCGAACUGCCUGGAAGAUUCUUUCCUGAACAUGGAUUGCACUUAUCAGUCUCAGAUCUUACCACCAAACACUAAGCAAGGCCAACAAGCUAUGACAUCCUGUUUGGGGCUUGGUUUCAUUUUGGCUCUAACCAAACAUAAAAGAUCUUGCUUACUUCUUAGCAUAAGUGUUGAGGAUCAUGGGAAAGAGAAAGAAAGAGCCUGUGUUCUAAGCCUUCUGAGUACUUACCAGAGUUUAAUUUUUUUUUUCAAAGUAAACCUGCACUAAAAUCCCCUGAGGGGUAAAUGUAACCCUCAGAACACAGCCCAAGGCAGAAUCUAAAUCAGACGAUUUUCAAGAUCAUGUACCUAUAAAGAGAAAACUAAUGAUGUGUGGUUGCUUAUGAUUAUAAUUUUUUUUCAAAGACUGUAUUAGACAUUUGGGGAAGACCAGGGAAUUUGAAACACCAAACCAUUCAUCUCACUGUGCUGAUGUCACCUUGUGAUUUGUUGUUCCUUUUUAACCUUCUGCGUCUGCACUGAGGAAAGUGAAUUGCUUCGGCCUGUCGGUCCAAGGCCCACCUUUGUGCUUUGUGAGGCUGAGCUCCAGUGGCUGCGCACCGGCCGCUGGCUGCCAAGAGAAGGCAUUUCAGCGGCUCUGCCUUUUGAAAAUCCUGUCGCAGGAUGAACAGGAGAGCACGACUGCCCUCCUCUGUCUUGAGAGUUGUUUUCCUACUGGGCACCAUUUGUUUUGUUUGAUAAGAAAAUAAAGAGAACGCUAAACCCUAUACAGACCAGUUGUCAGUUUUGAAAUAGGCUCUUGAGAAACUGGUCGGAUUGGAUUCAUAGCAGUGUUUUCCAUUGCGGAGGUGAGGUGGAAGCUGUCAGUUGAAAAUCGUUUUAAGUCGGGAGUGGGGACAAAGAAUACCUUUGUGUUUGCUCUUAACAGUAAUCAUACAGAGAAGCAUGAGCUGGGUGUUGGAAGUGCUCUGUUUAAAUCCACACAUUUAAAGACGGUACAAAUGUACAAAUGCCUACAAGUUUAAAUGUACAGGAAUAUAUAGUUCGGUAUUCUUUGCUCUACUGUUUACAUUACAGAUCACUAUAAUUUCAAGGAGUUAUAUUAUAAAUAAAAUUAAGCACUUUAGGACAUUUUCUAUUUUUGAAAUCUGAACAUGAAUCAUUCACAUGACCAAAAAUUGUAUUUUUUAAGAGAAAUACUUGUCUAGUCUGUCCUUUUUAAGUAAUUAUUCUCUUAAAUAAGCUAUCAUAUAAAUCAAAUCAUUACCAGUUAACCUUUAAAGUACAUCUGUUUAAGAGUAUUGUUUUGAAAAUAUUAAUAUGCUAAUUACAGAAUUUUAAAUAAAAAAUGCUACUAAAUGUUUGAAAUCUGUUGUUUCUGCCAAAGGUAAAAUAAGUAAAAGAUUUAUCCAGGACUCCCAUUCAAAUUUGUUUGACGGAAUAAAAGAAAACACCAAGUUACAGUCAAAUAAAUUGUGUCUGGAAUGUU